AUGUAUGAUAAUUCAAUACUUGAUACAGGUAUAUAUGUUGGCGAAAACAAGGUUGUUCACUUCACUGCUCCAGAAAACAAGUCUGGUGUUGGUUGGAACUUGCCUUUUUCUUCUUCAUACACAUAUCUUUCAGCUUCAUGUUUAAAUUCUCUUGGCCCUGAAUUUUCACACCCUAAAAGCGGAAGAAAUGAUAGCUCUAGUUUGAAUUUCAGCCCGUGUGCUCGCUGCUUAUCUUCAAAUCAAACUCUUCAAGCUUCAUGUUUGAGCAAAGCGUCACGAUUAAUCGUCACCAAAGUGUUACGACUAAUAGGUUAUGUAACACCAGAUCUGGUCUUAUCUUGUAAGUGUGCCGCUUUUCCUGAUUGUGGAUUCAAGCUGGCCAACAGUGGAGUGGUCAUCUCUUGUUUGAACUGUUUCAUUGGAACUGGAAACUUGUACCUGUAUCAGUAUGGAGUGACAACAGCUGAGUAUUUUUCCAAAGUCCGUGGUGGCACAUGCACCAUUGCGCAAUCGGAUCCACCUCAGGAAGUGAUUCAUAGAGCAACAUAUUUGCUGCAAAACAAUGUAUUUGGGGAUUAUCAUGUGGUCAGGAACAACUGCGAGGAUUUUGCGUUAUAUUGCAAGACGGGUCUUUUGAUUAGUGGCAGGCCCACUACUGGAAGCAGUGGUCAGGUAAAUAUGGUCUCUAAUGCACCAUGGAAGUCCAUUAUUACUUCAACCCUUCCAAAAUUAGUCUUUAAUAGCUCUGUCGUGGGUGUAGUCACAGUGCUUGCUAGCACCGGGAUAUAUUAUUAUCGCCGAUAUAAAACUGACAUUGGUGUUCGAGAUGAUGUGGUCAAGGUUGAGGUGGAAGAUAUUGCAUUCUUUCGUGCUGAAGCCUGUCAAGCUGUUAAUUGUGGGUGAUGAAAGCUAUGAUGUACCCAACACGUCUUGUAAGGACUUAGAUUUUGUUCCAAAAGCUGCAAUUUGA